AUGUCUCUCCACGAAUGGUACAGGCGACGGGAGCGAGGACUUCCAUCACGUAUCGGCGAUGCAGACCUCAUCUAUCGCACCAUCUUUCGAUCUCUACAGCCAAAGGCGGACAUUUCGGCCCUUGGCCUACCACAUCCUUACCCUUAUGGACGCGAAUGUGGAGCUAUUUGCAACUUGGAGUUUUCUCCCGAUGGAACUAUGUUAUCUGCUGCUUGCGAAUACAAAUCAGUGGUGCUGUUCGAUCCACUGACAGAGAAACAAAUAUGCGCUAUUAAUAAUGCCCAUGAUGCAAGUGUGAAUUGUAUCAAAUUCAUUGAUAAUCGUAUUUUUGCUUCGUGUUCCGACGAUACUACAGUGGCGAUAUGGGAUUCUCGUAAUCUUUCCACCAAACUUCGCACCCUGAAUGGUCACAGGGGAUGGGUGAAAAAUAUAGAAUAUUCAAAAAAAGAGGGAACCAUAAUUUCUUCCGGGUUAGAUGGAGUGAUUUACUCUUGGGAGCUAAAAAACAGCACAGAACAGGGUUGUGUUUAUCAACGAUUGCUUUACAUGCCGGGGUUGAUGCGAUGUCGGUUGGCUCCAGACGAAAAUCGACUAAUACUCUGCACGAGUAGCGGUUACUUGAUGAUUGUUCACGAUCUCAAUCUAGCCACUCUAGCCGGGGAUCUCAUAAAUUUCCGUCCAAGCAUACAUCGUCUAAAUUUGAUGCGCAAACAACGAAUUCCAUCAACGACACGUGUGGCUCACCCAAUGGUUCACAAAAGCAGGCAAAAUCGCGUCGAAUUUGUCAGUGACUUUCCACCUGGAAACAAUGCAGAAAUUAUAAGUGGACUUACGAUUCAUCCCCAAGGUUGGUGUGCACUUAGUAGAAAUGUAUCUUUUGAUGAGCAAACAGAGUGGUCCGUCAUACACGAUAUUCAAAGCUGGAAUAAUGAUAUCGAAUGUGAUGAAGAAAAAGUUUCUCCACCGGAGCAAUUGGAAGACCCAGAAGAACGGCAGCACUUUCAACACGAUCAAAGCAAUCAUGAGGCAUUGGUCAACGUUGGCUCUAGUGAUCCAAACGCACAGCCUACUAAUGGAGGAAAAAUGCUACCGAAAAAUUUUACAACAUACCAAAUGCAAUAG